UAGGGGCUGUUGUGAGCUCAGGGCAGGGUGAAUGGGAUGAAGAGGAUGCUGAGAAGGCAGGUAAUGGGAUGAAGGGCCUGCUGAGGGCUUGGUGUGCAGAGUGUGUGAGAGGGCUGCUGAGAGGGAGGUAAACAAGGUGAAGGGGCUGCUGAGGGCUUGGGAUGCAGAGUGAGUGAACAGGCUGAAGGGGCUGCUGAGGGCGGGAAGGCACUGCUCAUGCAGAGGAAAUCCAGGUUGGUUGCUUCCCUUUCUGGAAAGCUUCCCUGGAGACACUUGAAACUGCUUUGGAUGUAUCAGCCCCUCGGAAGCCUCCUUUUGCUGUUACUGACGUCCAGUUGUUGGAUGAAACCAUGGGGUAGGGCCUGUGGCGCCAACAGGAGGUAUUUUCUCCUGUCUAUUUUGCCAGGCAGACUUGCGAAAUGAGGUGCCAAAUAUGUCCUGGCAGGGCUAUCUGUCUGCAUCAGGUGUUGGAUCCAGCGGUGAAACCCCACACUUGCUCCUCUUCGUGUGCCUGAGACUGGUUUUAUCGAACGCGGGGGACUGGUUUCACUGGGUAUAGCAGAGGAUAGGUAAAAAUGUGCUACUCUUACUUAGUGAGAGCCCUGCUUAUGCAGAGUCACUGCACUGGACUCCAGUCAGGUGCUGGAUCCAGCAGCAAGACCCCACACUUGCUUCUCUCCAUGUGUUUGGGACUGAUUUUACUGGGUGUAGCAAGGGUCAGGUAAAAUGUUCUUCUCUUGCUUAGCAAGAGUCUUGCAUGUGCAGAGUCACUGGUGUUUUGGUGGCCUUUGUGACCUCGUUUUCACCUCAGGUGGCUGAAAAGACAGGGCUGUAAAAAUCUAUGAGAGUUGUUUGCAAUGUUUGAUAUUCAGUGUCAACACAAAGAUGGGUAUUGCUGGAAAACUGUCUUUGUCAAAAUAUUUUGCAGUGCAGGGUGGAGAUGAUUCUUUUGCCUGCGUUGUCGGUGGAUAAACUGGAAUGAGUGCAGUUGACAACUAAGCACAAGUUCUAUUGAGAGUGCUUGAGCUGCGAAAGGUCAAGCUGGAUUCAGCUUAAGGUGUGAACAAAGGUGGCCCCUGGGCUGAGGCUUCACAAAGGAAACUUGGUCUGGAAGUGGUUUUCAUGGCACAGUAGAGGAAGAAACAGUUACAUUCUGAUGAAGCAAUACUGAGUCUCAGCCAAGGAAUUUUUAUUGUCUGUUUCUCUGAAUAAAGCUGUCGGCUAUCUCUUAUGGGUGUCAUUGAUUAGAAAUACUGCGUGCUGACAAAGAGUGUGUAUCCUGCCUUGUUGGAGUCCUUAACGGAGCAAAAGUGGUCUGAGCCUUGCUUAUGAUGAUGGGAAACUGCUGCGUAGAUCCCUGGCCAGUCACCCCUUGGAAGAUCAAAAAAAUCUCCCUUCUUAUCUGUACGUUCUGUUUUUUAAAGCUCAAGCACAAAGAAGUUAAUAUUGCAUCAGAAAACAGGAAUGCCAGCAAACAUGGAUGAGAGUGUGCUUAUAAAGAAGGGUGAGUGUUAAUCUGAGAAAACAGGUAGACUUAGAGGAUGAGAUCCCAAAUACACAGAUGGGCUGAAGGAGCACGGGCAAGUAUAUGGAGCUCCAUGCCAGAGGUCUCUGCUGGUUUGCAGUGGCCAUCCAUGCACACUGAGCUUUUGUAGGGGUUGAUGAGCUAUAUCUGUUUUACUGGACAUGCAUCUGAUCUGCGCUUGGGUUCAUACAAGCGAUCACACAAACAAGAAGUGAAAUGACUUGAGUGUUUUAAUUGUUGUGGGCUUUUAAAACACUCAGAUACACGUGGUGGUGUAUAUUUGAAGAUACUUCUCAGCAUAUUGGUUACUAAAGGUAAGGUCUAACAUCAGGAAAGAUAGCACAAAGAUAUUGACAAGUCACCUUUGGCGUUGUGUUCUGUUGGGAAGAUGGAGAGGUCCCAGUGUAUUAUUUUGAGUACCAAAAGUGACUUUUUGUGUUCUAAAAUGAAGAGAAGACAGUGGCUCACCAACUUCUGUUUUUCACAGACAAGGUAAGUAUCUGUAACUUGGCUGUCAGUGUGGCUGUAACUUAGGAUUGUAAUGAAACCAUUGCCUAAUAGACAGGGUCAGAUGUUCCAAACCCAAAAAAACAGUCUUCUCCUUGUGUGGAUGGCUGUGACUGUCUGGUGAAUGUCAUCCCUGUUAAAGUGCUUUUGACUUGUUGCCCAACAGAAACUGCGUUACAGCAGCACUUUGUUAGUGUUAACAUUUUCUGGCCAUAUCCACUGCAGUUCCAGGGUCUUAUCUUAUGUUUCUGGUUUUGGAAUUCUGCAUCUCUGGAGUUCUAGAAAUGGAGUUUGUUCAUCUUUCAUGCAUUUAGUAAACAUAUAUCCCAAAGCAGACCUUAGUCGGUCUUUUGCCUGAGGGCUAUGUGCAUAGAACACAGCAUUACUUCUGCUGGCUCUACUCGAUUUUAAGAAGUGGAAUUAAUUAAGAAGGUAAAACCCUUACUGUACACAAGUUUGGACAAGGAGGGAUUCAUAUUCUCUGCGAUUUGCAUAGAAGAAAGGUGUUUCAGGCUGUCUUUAAUGUUAUUUUAUAUAGGCACAUUCCUAAGGCUUUUGUAUUGAAACUUCUUUUUAGCAAUGCCCCAUGAUUUGCAGAUGUGGGGUUUUUUUUCAGCAGAAAUAAUUGGCUUGCCAAUUUUGCGAUGUUAUCAAUGGAAAAACACAAUGUAAUAUUAUUUAGAAUCACCUUAUGCAAAGUUUACUAUUCCAGUGAUGCUGAUUUUUGGCAGAUACUCGAUGCAAAAGACUUGAGAAUGAUGGGAGUGACUAAGGGACCAACAGGAAAACUGAGGAGGGGCUCUUGAUCUGUGAGUGCAGGAUAGGAUGAGGGGGAGUUGUUUUCAGCUGAAAGAGGGGAGAUUGAGAUGAGAUUUUAGGAAGAAAUGUUUUCCUGUGAGAGUGGGGAGGCCCUGCCCCAGGUUGCCCAGAGUAGUGGUGGCUGCCCCAUCCCUGGAGAUGUUCAAGACCAGGUUGGAUGGGGCUUGGAGCGACCUGAUCCAGUGGGAAGUGUCCCUGCCCAUGGCAGAGGGGAUGGAACCGAGUGGAUUUUAAGUCCCCUUCCAACCCAAACUGUUCUGCGAUUCUAUGGCUAGGCAGAGCACUCAAAUAGGAGCAAAAAGGAGGAUGAGAGCAAUUGAGCAAUCUAUGUGGAACACUGAGUUCUCCAGCUGUGACUUUGCAGCCUCAUGUCCCCAAAAGCAGUUACCAGUAUAGAGCAGGCGUAUGUAACACCUAAGGAAGCAUUAAUCAGCUCUCAGGCUCCCUGGCAGGCAGUGGAAUGCUCUUGGGAGCCUAGAACGUGCUGAUGAUCAAGUGAUCCUUAACUUGCAUCUCAUUGGGGAAACACGUUGUCAGUCAGUACCUUGCCAAGCAAGUUUAAUGGGGUGGAGAUUCUGGGAAAACUGGUGGGACUGGAAGUAAGUGGUAGUUUUCUAAUAUUAAAAUUGAGUUAGGCUUCUGAAUAAAAAGUGAUUAUUUGCCUAAUUUCCCUUCAGAUGUUCUAAUAUACACCUGGGUCCAAAGCUAAUUCUCUGUUUAAUAGCUUCUAGCUGGUUAAGAUGCAGACCUUACAACUGGGGGGUGGGGAAUGACGACAGCUCAUGGCUGGGAAAGCAGGUAAGUAGAAGACUUCUGAGUUUUGUUUUGUGACUUCUAAAUUAUUUUUCUUCAUUAUUUCUGUUAUUUCCAGUUCUCUUAUUUCUUUGUGAUCUAUUAAUUCCAUGGGUACCUCUCAAAAAGCUGCUGUUCCUGCUUGUAGCAUGGAGAAAAAUGAGGAGAAGUGGGUUGUGAUGUCAGUUUUUAAUACUCUUUUCCAUGAUGCCUAAAAAACAGAUAAAGAAGAAAUCCUCUCAAUCUUUUCAGAAAUAUGGCUUACAUAUUUUUCUAUUGGGAGACUGGAUAACCCAGCGAUGGGUGGGCUGUCAGCUUUGGAAACCCUUGCUUGAAAGGGCAAGGAUUUGAAGUCUCAGCCAUCAUUUCUUCUCCCCAGAUAUUUGAGUUAAUGAACAUAUAAAGGAACCAGAUAAUUUUAAGCCACCUGUAGUAAAGCAAUUUCCUCUGCAGAGCAAAUUCUGCUACCACCUGUCUCAGAUUCUGACUACACAUACCCCCACGGGAGAGAGAACUUCAGCAACCAGCAUAAGAUCUUAGCAGGCAGAACCAUUUUUUCCCUUUUAAACAAAGUGUAACCAGUUACUCCCCUCCUUUUGUUUUUAGGGUAUGUAAAGAAAAUUCUUUACAACCUGCAAAGGAAAAAAUAACCCCCCACUUUUUAAAUCUUUCCCCUAAAUGAAUCAAUUUGGAGUAUUUUCUUUGAGCAGACUGACUUCCCCUUUAGUUGUGUGUCUGUUCUAUGGGCUGCUUGUGUUGUCCGAAGACUUUAGAUCCUUGUUCCUCAAGGUACCAUGUGUAAAAAAACUCUGUUCAGGAGUUCCUGGAGUGUGUCAACAUUUGAAACCCAUCUCUCGGUGCUUGUAUUUCAGCCGCUGCUGGGAGAGCAGGAUGCCCGCAGUUCAUCCGCACACAGUGGUUAAGCUGGUUUAAGUGCUGGGGUAGCCAAACAGCCUGGUGACAUUCUGAAAUGGGUAGUCAUCGCUCUGGAGAGCCAUCUCAUGGUUCCCUCUGGUGGAGCUGUGCCACGUGUUCUGGCAGCUACUGUGCUGGGUGUGGUAUGAGUUGUAGCAGAGGUAAUGGAAAUGUGGGACUUCAGCUCAAACUGAGCAAUGCCUGUGAUGCUGCUUGGUUUAUACCAUAUGUUCCCUUGAUAUUAUCCAACCCCCCAUCCCAAAGGAGAGACUGGCCCAAGCUGAGAGGAACAGAGAUGUGUGUCAUAGAAUGGUUUGGGUUGGAAGGGACCAUGAUGGUCAUCUGGUCCAACCCCUCCGCCAUGGGCAGGGACACCUUCCUCUGGACCAGGGGGCUCAAAGCCCCAUCCAGCCUGCCCUUUAAUGUUUCAGGAGAUGGAGCAUCUACCAUCUCUCUCAGGAACCUGUGCCAGUGCUUCACCACGCUCGCAGGAAAACAUUUCUUCCCAAUUUCUGUUCUAAAUUUCUCCUUUAGUUUAAAACCAUUACCCCUCAUCCCACUGCUACAGGCCCUACUAAAAAGUUUUUUCCCCAUCUCUCUUAUUGGCCCCCUUUAAGUAUUGAAGGCUGCAAUAAGGUCUUCUCUUCUCCAAGCUGAAGAAUGACUUUUCUCUGUUGUAGAUCUUAUUUUGUGGCUUCACAACAUUUACGUUGCAUUCCCUGCUGCCUCCUCUCUGGCUGCAAGUCCAUAGCUAGCCGAUUCGGUAUUAGCAGAUGAAUCCCUAGGGCUUCUCUAAUGGAGCCAGCGCUGCUGACCGGAAGGUGUUUGUUGCCUCUUGGGUUAUUUUUGUCUGAGUAAUGCACAGGAACGUGGUAAUGGUUUGAGAUUUUGUCAUUAUUUUUUUGUUCUUAGUGGAAUUUCUGGAUUGCACAAAACUCACAGAAUUGUUUAAGUUGAAUGGGACCUCUUGAGAUUAACUGGUCCAACCUCACUCCUGCAGCAGGGUCAUCUGCAGCAGGUUGUGCAGUCGGAUUUGGAUACCACACCUUGCUGAGCUGUGCCCUCCUGUGGACUCUCUCCAACAGAUCCACGUCCUUCCUAUCCUGAGGACUCCAGAACUGGACACAGGGCUCCAGGUGAGGUCUCACCAGAGCAAAACAGAGGGGCAGAAGAGGUUUCUGAGCAAAUUCUUCUGUUGAUCAGCACAGAACACUUUGUAAAACCAAACAGCAAGCAGAGCUGCAGGAAAUUUCCAGUAUAGGCAAAUUGUUCAGCUUAAGGCCUGAACGUAUUUUCUGGAACUUAAUGCCAUCUCCGUGUUCCUGUUAUCUCCGAUUCCUAAUUUAGAUCUGUGAUCUCUCAGGGGCUCAUUUGAACAUACUCUUUACUAGCACUUUAAAAAUGUCAGGCAUAUGUUUGUCAAAUUUAGGGCUGGUUUAAGCACAGUUACGCAUGCUUUUAAGCAUAGUUAAGUGAUUUCAUGAACUAGAUCGGUAAGUUUAUACUGAUAUAAUUACGCUGAUACUAGCAGGUUUUAUGAAUUAGCUGUGCUUGUUUCCAAACAAAUGUAGUUGUGUUCGUACCAAAUCUGUGCAGAGACAAACCCGUACUUGUGCUAAUUCUUGUCACAAAGGUGGGAUGGGUUUGUGGGAUGCAUCAUAACAUUCUUAAACAAGAGGAAACUGAGGAGUUGGAAUAAGGUGCUUUAGUAAGAAGUGGGUGUAGAUUUUCUUUGGUUUGGGUUUUGGUUUGGGUUGUUUUUUUUUCUUCGUUUGAGGGAACAAAGAACUGUAGAUGUCAAGGCAGAAGCCUGCUUGGCAGCAAUCUAGAGAUGCCAAGUGUUUUGAGUGUACCAUAGUCAAAAAAGUAAAAAGUCAGGAUAAUCAGAAUCAUUAAGGUUGGAAAUGACCUCUAAGCUCAUCCAGUCCAACCAUCAGCCCCGCCCCACCAUGCCUACCAAACCAUGUCCCCUGGUGCUGUAGCUACAUGCUUUUUCAACACUUCCAGGGAUGGAGACUCCCCCACUGCCCUGGGCAGCCUCUGCCAGUGCUUCAUCACUCUUUCAGCAAAGGAAUUUUUCCACAUAGACAAUCUAAAGUUCCCCUGGUACAAUUUGAGGCCAUUAACACACAGAGUGAGUGUUGUUUGGGCUGUCUUGCUUGGUGAUGGCCAGGGAAGGGCAUCUAUGGUGGGUGAGCGCACAGGGCUGAGCACGACAGUUCCUUGGGGAGCUCCCUGCUGCCUGCCCUGGCAGCAAGAAUGCGUCCUGAGCUGUUAAUUCCUACUGGCAAUUCCUUUGCCUGGCUCAUCACUUCUGGUAGCCAAGCUUUCAACAGGUAGGAAUGCCAGAGCAGAGGAGAGGUAUAGAGUCCCCUCCCUUGCCCUGCUGGUUGCACUUCUUCGGAUACAGCCAAGGAUAAGAAAAACAUAAAAUCUUCAAAAACUGAAGGCAUGUUUUUGGUUUGCCUUUCCCACCUCGUUUUCUAUUUGAUAGUGUCAAGGGUCUUGUUUAAUUUUCAGACUUUGGCUGUUGUUGGUUUUGAUGUUUUGAGGUGGUUCUUGUUUCAGCAGUUCCAGCCAGGUGCUGUGUUUUGAACACCUCUGCUGACUCCAGGGAAUUGCUCUUUGGUCACAGCUUCUCUGAAGCAUUCCCUUCCCAGCGGGUGCAGGAGUCGCUGCCUGGGUGCUCGUGGGGUCGGGGGUGGCUGCCAGCACCAUCGCUCUCCCCUCGCCCCGCUCCCAGCCCAGGACCACCCUGCAGCAGUGCAGCCCCGGGCGCUGCACCCUGCUAGCCCAGUCGGGCUGUUUUCUCCGCUGUUUCGAAAUGCAGACAUCAAAGGCAAGGAAAUAGUCUUGUAAAUUUAUUUUGAAGCGCUAAAAGAAAAACUUUCCUUUUCCCAUGUGUUUUUCAUUUUGUUCAUUUUGCAAUGCUAAGUUUUUAUCCUGAAUCAGAUUUUUCUUUUAGGAAAAAACCCAACAAAAUGUAGUGUUUUCCUGGAGCAGAAUUCCCAUUUCCCCACAUGCCUUUCCAUUGAUUUCUGUGGGACUACAGAAUCAUGGAAUGGUUUGGGUUGAAAGGGCUCUCAAAGCCCAUCCAAUUCCACUCCCCUGCCAUGGACAGGGACACCUCCCACUGGAUGAGGUUGCUCCAAGCCCCAUCCAACCUGGCCUUGAACACCUCCAGGGAUGGGGCAGCCACCACUGCUCUGGGCAGCCUGGGCCAGGGCCUCCCCACCCUCACAGGAAAACACUUUUUCCUAAGAUCCCAUCUCAAUCUCCCCUUUCUCAGCUUAAAAACGUUCUCUCUUGUCCUAUCCCUGCCCUCCCUCAUCCAGAGCCCCUCCCCAGCUUUCCUGGAGCCCCUUUCAGUACUGGAAGCUGCUCUGAGGUCUCCCCAGAGCCUUCUGUUCUCCAGGCUGAACAACCCCAACUCUCUCAACCUCUCUUCAUGGGGGAUAUAUACGUAUAUAAACAACUACAGAGCGUUAUUGAAAUCACAACUGUAAAUUUUGUAGUAGGUUACAAGUGUCCUGUCAAACUCUGAGUAAUAAAUUCUGGAUAUAAUGAAAUUGUUCAUAGCUUUUUUUUAGGGGAAAAAAAUGAGGUUGUGUUCCCCUCUGUGAUUUACAGUGGCUGUAGUUUUUAUUGGGCUUAAAUAACUUUCCAAUUAAAAAUACCUCUAUAAACAAAUGGUGCUGUGAUCUUGGCGACACUGCUAGCUAAUUAAAUAUUCACUGUGCUUCUGUAUCUGGUGGCUGCCUCAGGAAGGUGGAAGUGCUGAUGCAGCCACCUCUGGAAUAGCAUCUUCCCGCUCCUCUGCUGACAGCCCUGACCUUGGUGUGCUGACCCUCCACCUCCCACUGCCUGGCUUUGCUCCGGCUGCUCUCACCUUGGCACUGGAACCGCAAGCCUUUCGUCCCUAAAGCUCACAUAGAUUUCACGUCCAAAAAUUUCUUUGACAGGUGAAAAUGUCUUUCUUUUCUGUUCCCUGGAGAGGCAGAUUCCUCUUUGCUCUGCACUUCCCUGCACCGGUGCCCACCUUGCCAUGUGUAAACGUUGCUGUUUGCUCCGUAAGCCUUUGCCUCUGCCCUGCUCACAAUAUUCCUCAUUUAAUGAUGCCAAGCUCUUUAAUUACUAUUUUUCUUUGUGGAAUGGCUCAUGGUCCCUUGGUCUUUUGAUACUAUCAGACUGAAAGGGAAAAAAAACCCCUUUAAACAAUUUUCUGACUCCCUCUAGAGGAUUUGUUUCCAAGCCCAGAAAUAGCUCCGUGGUGGGAGAAGCUGAGCAUUCCGUCACUGCGCCUGCACAGCCGGCUCCCAGUGCACAUUACAUCUCAGUAGUGCUUUUUUUUCCUAUCAGUUGCUGCUAACGUCUCCCAGAUUUUAUUCCCACUGUUCUUUAAAUAUAAAUGCUUGCAGCUCGUUAUUCCUCAGGCAAUGCAAGAGUGGUGUUCCUGCUGAAGGACCUCAUCGCUGCCCAGAGAACGGCUGUCCCUGGAUGUGCUAAUUCCACUGGACCAAGUUUUCUGAGACUACCUACUAACAAAGCAUACAUUUAGCACCUUUUGAAUGACUUCUUCCCCAUUGCAAUAGAGAAAUUUAACAUCUGCCAUGGAAAGCAACUCAUUUUCAAGAUGUUGUGGGUUUUUUUUUUUCCACUUCAUAUCAGGGGAUAUAGAUGAUUUUCUUGUAUUUCUGUCCUUUCCUGGUGCUGUCUCUUGUGCUGUGCCAGAGGUGAUGAAAAAUGCCAUUGAAGUUAGAAUGGUUUGGGCUGGAAGUGACCUCAAAACCCAUCCUGUUCCAACCCCCCUGCUAUGGGCAGGGACACCUCCCACUGGCUCAGGCUGCCCAAGGCCCAUCCAACCUGGCCUGGAACACCUCCAGGGAUGGGGCAGCCACAGCUUCCCUGGGCAAUGUGGGCCAGUGUCUUCACCACUCUCAUGGUGAAGAAAUGCUUCCUAAUGUCCAGUCUAAAUCUGCCCCUCUCCAGUUUAUACCCAUUGCCCCUCAUCCUAUCACCACAAGCCUUUAUGAAUAGCCCUUCCCCAGCUAUUUCUUCCCAAGAUCUCAUCUCAAUCUCACUUUUCUCAGCUGAAAACCAUUCCCCCUCAUCCUAUCCCUGCACUCUCUAAUCAAGAGCCCCUCCCCAGCUUUCCUCUGGUCCCAUUCAGCACAGAAAACUGCUCUGAGGUCUCCCUGGAGCCUUUUCUUCUCCAGGCUGAACAACCCCAACUCUCUCAGCCUCAUAUGGAGGUGCUCCCUUGGAUGCACUGGUGUGGCUUCUUUGCAAAGGUCGAGGGAAGACUGGAGACCUUUUUCCUGCAGCAUGCUGGUGCAGUCCCUCUCCGAAAGGUGAUAACAUGUUGUCCAUGGUCUGCAGAGAAAAGUGCUGCAGGGCACUUGGCGUGAAGUUUGUUCUUCUGAAGAGUUUAAAUGGUAAGGAAUUUAUUCCUCAUAUUUUGAUGUGUUAUCUUAGGUAACUGUUAUUUAGCCAUAUCGAACGUGUUACCUUAUUUAACCGGGGGAAGUUUGUGUGCAGCAGUGGAAACAAGCAAUCCCAGACUCUUCUUCCUGCCACUUGUUAGUUCAAAAUUUCUUCAGGCUCUGCCUUAGCGAGCGGCUCUUGGUAAGGGCUGAAAGCUGGGUUAUUGCUGCACUAAAUCAUUCUCAAUUUGAUACAGGUCGAGCCACCUCUAAUUUACCCUCUUAUUUCCUAAAGGAAAUGUUAACAAUCACUUUAAAAGCAGUAGCUAACUAUGGGCAAUAUAAUUUGAUUUUUUUAACGUACUUAAAAUCAAGAGAGAAGUAAAUCACCGUCUAACCAGCUGACAUUACUCUCCACCCCUUGCAGAUGGGGUCCGGCGUGGGUGUGUAUGAACCUCUCUCCUUUCAUCCUCCCUCUGCACUCCUGUACUCCACAAUUCAGCUGGUUUCUGUGGAGAGCCAGGACCUGGAGGAUUUCAUCCAUGGCAGAGGCUACAGCACAAAGCUGCUGUUGGGUCUCGCUGCUUGCCCCUCACACACCCUAAAAUGCAGGGUGUCUGCGCUGGGAGGGGCUGGGGCUGCUUGUGGGGCUGUUCCGAUGCAGAGCUUUAAAGCAGGUAAGUGUUUCAUUAACAGGUAGCAGGGUUAUUUUGGCCCCUUGACCAAAAUCCCAGUGUAAGCACGGGUAAAAGCACCUCAAGCACUGUGAGGGGCACAGCGUUGGUGGCAGCAAGCACCGAGGGUGCAAUGGAAGCAGUUAUCUGUGUCUCUGCCCUCUGCCACAAACUCUGCAGUGAUUUCAUACUCAGACCCCGAAUCCUCAAACUCUGUUUGGUUUUAUGUCAUUGUGAUAGCAGCGAACCCCCCAGAGCACCAGAAUUUAGAGAGACUCCAUUCAUUUUUCCAGCUUUGCCUCCUCUGGUCCUCCAGCACCUCUGGGUGCCCCGAUCCCCACUCCUUUCCCGCAGCAGCCAUCCAGGACCCAGUACAGUUGUUGAGUGAUGGGGCUGGGGCAGCCUGGCCAUGGGUCCCCCAUGUGUUUCCCUGCACUGAGCUGCCCAGGAGAUAGGGGGGCUCCUCUUGUCUUACCCCAAACUCCCCUGCUCUGAGGUUUUCCCAAAAAAAGGUUUAUUUACGCCAGUUUCUGGUGUAGCCAGUCCUGGCCUGACAUGCCUGUUUACUUCCCAGGAACCGCUGUGAUUUGUGCUAUUUGUGGUGCCGAGCAUGUGAAAACAGAUAGGAAGCGUUUGAAUGAGCCAUACAGGGGAUGCUGACCUGCUUAGCUACAUGUACAAUCCCUCCCCAAAUUAAAAUGCUGAAUACCUUAAAAAAAAAAAUUAAAGGGACUAUCGUUAUACUGCUGAAGCUGGUGGCAUCAGAUAUGUUCUUUUCAGUGUGUCCUACUACAUCUUUUCAAAAGGGGGUUUUAAGUGCCUAGAAGCCACGUAGCAUCUGUGUGCUUAUAAAAACAUCUUUAUGUCCUGCGAGUUACAGGUUAAGGGUUCUUACUCCAUCACCUUAGGAGGGGCCCAAAGGAACACACUGUUCACCUAUUUAGGGAAGCAGCAAUCCGAAAUAGCUCUCCUGCAGCACUUAAAGCAGCAAUUUGGUGCGAAUGCUUGAGCUUUCCUGCCACCAAGCGAGGCAGAGCACGAAGUGAUGAGUGACUGGCCCAUCUUCUCCCCGCAGUCGUCAUCUCCCGUGACUAAUGGUGCUUAAAGAUGUCAUUUUCUUCACUGCAUUUUCUACCUGUUUCUUCAAAGCUUGUCAUUUGUUUCACAGGAUGUAUUUGGUUAUGCCCCAAACGGCAGGUGUUUGCUCGAUGGUGGGGCAUUAGUCUGAUGUUGAUGGAAUUGGUAACUUACAUCAAGACUCCUCUUCUUCAUUAAAUUGAUACCUUAUCAAGAAUGAUGCUGUCCAAUGUGUUCCUUGGAGUUCAGCGUGUGUCUGGUGGGGAGCGAGAUGGAUGGGGAGCCCAGCAGCAGGAUCCUGCCCGCUGCAGGUGCGCUACCCUAGCAAGGGUGGUCGAGGAAGGGGAACGUGUAUACAACUGCUGUUACCAACCUGAGUCGCAUAAGGUGGAAUCCAAAGCUGAUUGAAGGCGCUGGGUCUUUGAAUAAACAAGAAUGGGAGCUCUAUCAGAAGUCUGAUUUAAGAUGAACUCCGUCUGUGCCCCCUCCCACCAAACCUGGGGUUCACCCUCCGAUGUCUGCAGACGUCUCCGUUUGUCGGGAUUUUAUCUUUGAAGAAGUGACUCGCCCAGUAUGCGGGAUGUGCGUCACUGGGAUGGUACAGUGGGAGAUGUGAGGCUGUGGAUGCUCCCGCAUCAGGGCUGGGCACAGCCUUGGUCCCUGGGUGACGUCUCCAUCGGAGCCCUGAGCUGUGUCUAUGGAGCCAGAAGGAGAUUUUUGUCUAAAGCUCAGCCAACUUUCUACUAAACAAGGAAGCAGGUAGAGCAAGGGAGUUUCCCAACUGGGAUCAACUGCAUCGGCUCUGGCGAUGAAGCGAAACUCUGCCGCUUAGCGUAGAAAAUGUCUCCCUGCUUCCCCUGCGCAUUUCUGUGCCUCGAGCGCCAGCGCCGGAGCACUAAAGCAGCGAUAGUUUACUACCUGGUUUCUGGUUCUGACAUUCCCAUGGCAACCUCCUCCCCAAUUUAGUCACAGUUUAGUGGCAUACAAGUAGGAUUUGUUCAAAAAGGAAUAAAGGUUGCAGUAUGAAAAAGACACUUCCCCAUGUGUUCCUGAUGGCCAGUAAAUAAGGAUUGAAGCACCGGGUGAAUACGAGCUCUUUAUUGGGUUUGGCAGGGCGCACGCUUCCCAAGGUUAGGCUGCUCAAUGGAGCAGGGAAUAGAAAAUAAUGGAAAUUAAAAGAAUAACAUACAACAAGUGUGAUCAGCUGCACUUUAAGUAUCAUGCGGCAGUGCAAGACCCAGGCUGCAGCUACAGACCUGGGGAUGAAGCUUGGUGCAACUGUCAGAUAGGAGAGAUGAUAAAACCAUGAGCCACAAUUUUAAGUUCUUCUCCAUUGCUUCUUGUGUUUAUUAGUGACCAAAAAAAUGAGGAGAGGGCUCAAGAGUGACCUCCCUGUAUGUGAGCAGAAGUUUGUGCCUUGUGUCCAGCUGUAUUGGCUAAACUUGCACUAUCACUGCCUCUUCUCCCCAGAAACACCGUGUUCGCCUGCUGAGAUCCCCAUUUUAUGUCCCUCAGGAACCACUGGAGAAGGAUGAACAGAAGGGGUUGGAGCAAUAGAGCAGAGGCUGGUUCAGAAUUGUACAAAGGCUUGUUGAAUGCAGUGGCUUUGCCUUGAUAUUUCUCUUGGUUUCCCAAGAUAAAGAGAGCCUGCGGCAGUUUUGGACCCUCUUGGCAAUUUGCUGACAGACCUGUGAGAAACAUGGGGGACCUGAAGAUGUGGAGAUCUGGAGGAGGAGAUGGGGAUGGAGAGGGGAGAAUUGUAGAGUCAUUAAGGUUGUAAAAGACCUCUAAGAUCAUGUGGUCUAACCGUCAGCCCAACCCCACCAUGCCUACUAAACCGUGUCCUGAAGAGCCCUGUCCACACGGUUUGUGAACCUCAUCAGGGAUGGAGACUCCACCACUGCCCUGGGCAGCCUCUUCCAAUGCUUCGCAACCCAAACAGAUUUUAAAGGCCACAGGGGUUACUGGGAGCUGCUGCCCACCCUGCACUGCACCCUCCUGCAGGUUCCCACACCAUGAGCGCAGCUGAGGAUGAUGAGUGGCUGCAGUGGGUGACGAAGCAGUUUGGGAACAUCGCAGGGGAGGACAAAGAAAUCGACUUGGAGGAGUUCAAAACUGCUCUCCAAGUGAAGGAGUCUUUCUUCGCUGAGAGAUUCUUCGCACUGUUCGACUCAGAUGGGAGCGGGACCAUAAGUUUGGAGGAGCUGCUGAAAGCCCUGAGCCUGCUCGUACACGGGAAUGAGAUGGACAAGCUGAGAUUCCUCUUCCAAGUUUAUGAUGUGGAUGGCAGUGGCUCCAUCGACCCAGACGAGCUGCGUGUGGUGCUGCGGUGGUGCCUGCGGGAGAGCGCGAUAGCUCUGCCAGAGGAGCGGCUGGAAGACCUCACCCUGGCACUCUUUGAGGCUGCCGACAAGGACCACAGUGGCUCCAUCACCUUUGAAGAGCUCAGGGAAGAGCUGGAAGGUUUCCCAGAGGUCAUGGAGAACCUGACCAUCAGUGCAGCGAGCUGGCUGAAGCCCCCACCACCCACGGAGAGGAGCUGCUGGCCACGCUACCUGACCCGGGUGUACUGGCACAACCACCGCAGCAAGCUCGCUUUCCUGGGGGGCUACACUGGCCUCAACCUCCUGCUUUUUGCCCUGGCUGCGCUGCGGCACGCCGGCCUCGGCGGCUGGGUUGUGGUGGCCCGGGGCUGCGGGCAAUGCCUGAACUUCAACUGUGCCUUCCUCGCAGUGCUGAUGCUGCGGAGAUGCCUGACCUGGCUGCGAGCUACCCCCAUUGCCAAGGUUUUGCCACUGGACCAGCACAUUAUUUUCCACCAGCUCGUGGGGUACGUGGUGUUGGCGCUGGCAGCUGUUCACACGGGUGCCCACAUCGCCAACUUCAGCAGGCUGGCACAGCGGGACGGGCACCCUGCCCUCGCUGAGUACCUGCUGUCGGCACAGCCCGGCGUGGGGGGCCUGGGAGGCACGGCCUCGCAGACGGGGUUGGUGCUCCAAGGGCUGCUGGUUGCCAUGCUCGCCUUCUCCAGCCCCUGCGUCCGACGGAGCGGCCACUUCGAGCUCUUCUACUGGACCCACCUCUCCUACAUCUCCAUCUGGACCCUCCUCAUCCUCCACGGCCCCCACUUCUGGAAGUGGUUUGUGGUUCCUGGCUGCCUCUUUGUGCUGGAGAAGGUGCUUAGCUUGGCUUGGCGGCGUGCUGGGGGUCUGCGCAUCGUGGAGGUCAACCUGCUCCCCUCCAAGGUGACUCACCUGGUGAUUGAGAGACCGCAGUUUUUCCACUACAAGCCUGGAGACUACGUCUACCUGAACAUCCCGGCCAUAGCCACGUACGAGUGGCAUCCCUUCACCAUCAGCAGCGCUCCCGAGCAGCAAGAGACCCUCUGGCUGCACAUCAGGUCUCUGGGCCAGUGGACCAACAAGCUGUACGAGUACUUCCAGCAGCCCCAGCUGCCCAGCCUGGAGCCAAAGCCACUCAGCAGGAGCCUGAGGGAGAAGAGAUGCCGGCGCCGGGAGCAGGGAGGUCUCUGCAGCAGAGCUGGCUCAGUGGAGGGGUCCGUGGCCACCGGUGGGGACGGAGCCGUUCAGCUGACAUCAUACAAAGCCACCAGCACUGCUGCUGCCCCCAGAGAGGAGGACUCACCGGCAGAGGGGGUCUCUGCUGGGCUGGGUGAGACCCAUCGAUUCUGCAGCAUCAAGUGCUACAUCGAUGGUCCCUAUGGGACCCCAACACGGAGGAUCUUCACCUCGGAGCACGCCGUGCUCAUCGGCGCGGGCAUCGGCAUCACUCCCUUCGCUUCCAUUUUGCAGAGCAUCAUGUACAGGUACCGCCGGCGAAAGCAGAGCUGCCCCAGCUGCCACUACUCAUGGUGUGAGGACCUGCGGGACGAGGAGAUGAUGCUCAGGAAGGUUGACUUCAUCUGGAUAAACCGGGACCAGAAGCACUUUGAGUGGUUUGUCAGCCUGCUAACCAAGCUGGAAAUGGAGCAGGCUGAGGAGGAGCCAGGAGGGCGGUUCCUGGAGAUGCACAUGUACAUGACGUCAGCCCUCGGCAAGAACGACAUGAAGGCCAUCGGGCUGCAGAUGGCCCUGGACCUGCUGGCUGCCAAGGAGCAGAGGGACUCGAUCACGGGGCUGCGGACCAGGACCCAGCCCGGCCGCCCCGACUGGAGCAAGGUGUUUCGGAAGGUGGCGGAGGAGAAGCGAGGGAAAGUCCAGGUCUUCUUCUGUGGCUCACCAGCGCUUGCCAAAGUCAUCAGAGCACACUGUGACCAUUUCGGCUUCCGCUUCUUCAAAGAACACUUCUAACUGCCACCCCCUGCCUCCCUGCUGUCCCCUGCCAGCCCUCCUGUGGGGUGAUGAGCUCUGGUGGCCGGAUCCUGCUGCACCACCUGUGUUGGCUCCCAGCUGCUGCUCAGUCAGAGCUGGAGAGGGUGGGAUACAAGGGACAGGGAGAGGAAAGGGCUGACCCUCAGGGGCCACAGGGCUUUGGGGUGGAGGUGAUGGGGUCUUGAAGCAUUCGGGGUGUCCUGGAUCACCCACACAGAGGUCUUGAGGGGCAAAGGAUGAGUGUUCUCUUUGGGUUGGGAAGACAGGGUCCUGCAUCACCCUGCCAGGCUUUGGCAUGGAGGGGAUGGGGUCCUGGAGCCCUUUGGGAUGCAGGAGAUGGGGUCCCGUGGCCCUUUGGGAUGUGUGGGCUGGGUGUCCUGCAGCACCUUGCAAGGCUUUGGGAUGGAGCGGUGCCCACAGGAGGGCACUGCAGACCUGGCAACCAGGGCCCUGCUGGGGCUGCACUGGUCUGGCCUCCCCCAAACCCCGCAGAAGGGGGUUUGCCUCUUCUUGCCCAGGAAAAGACAUUAUCUGGGUGGUGCCGAGGGGUCCAAUCACAGCCCACCCACCUUGGGACGGCUGGUGGGAUGGGACCCCUUCCAAAAUGCUGGACCCUGGAGUGCAGUGACGUCCCCACGCGUGGCCGGUGAGUUGGGAGCAGUGGUGGCCUGUGAAGACCCAUCACUCUUCAAAACAAGUGGUCUUGCAAAGCUGCCUUCCCAGGUGGAUAUACACCACCUUUUGUGGGCCAACCGUGCAGAACGCUGCUGCUUUGGUGUGAAAGAAUAGAAAGGGACAAUCAACGUGGAGGAGAUACUGAUCUGAUGGCAAAGUCAGCCGUGGAGAAAGCAAAGUUGAACGCUGAGCUGGAGGAGCAGCCAGCACAGUGUGCUCCCAGCACCCCGCAGAGCCAGCCCC